UCUGGGUCUCAGCCUCAGCUUUGCGCAGCUCCAACCCUCUGCGCCGUGCGCCUCGUGAGGCGGAGCCAUCUCCGGAGCGGCGCGCGCACCUUAGGGCCUCGCGUCGCGUGACUAGGCAGAAGGGCGCAGAGUUAGCGCGCGCCCGCCCGCGCCACUUCCGACUCAGCCCCUCGGUUCAGGUUCCGGGGCGCCGCGGAGGUCCCGGCCUGUGGACCGCGCGCGCGCGCGCGGCGCACUGGAGAAUCCAGCGCCACGCGCCUUGCGGUGGCCAGGAUGGAGGAGGCCGGAGCGGCGGUGGUCACGGCCGGGGAGGCCGAGCUGAACUGGUCCCGCCUCAGCGUGUCCCCCGAGACGCUGGAGUCUGAGCUGGAGGCGCGGGGCGAGGAGAGGCGCGGCGCGCGGGAGGCGCUGCUACGGCUGCUGCUGCCUCACAACCAUCUGGUAUCGCUGCCGCGGGCGCUGGGCAGCGGCUUCCCGCACCUCCAGCUGUUAGACGUGAGCGGCAACGCGUUGACCGUGCUCGGGCCGGAACUGCUCGCCCUGCGCGGCUUGCGCACGCUCCUGGCCAAGAACAACCGGCUCGGCGGGCCCAGUGCGCUGCCCAAGGGCCUGGCCCAGUCGCCGCUCUGCCGCAGCCUCCAGGUGCUCAAUCUCAGCGGCAACUGUUUCCAGGAGGUGCCUGCUUCGCUCCUAGAGCUGCGCGCGCUUCAGACCCUGAGCCUGGGCGGCAACCAGCUGCAGAGCAUCCCGGCUGAGAUCGAGAAUUUGCAGAGGUUAGAGUGUUUAUAUCUUGGAGGAAAUUUUAUUAAAGAAAUCCCACCAGAAUUAGCAAAUCUGCCUUCUCUAAAUUACUUGGUGUUAUGUGACAACAAAAUCCAAAGUGUACCUCCUCAACUUUCACAGUUGCAUUCACUUCGUUCCCUAAGUCUUCACAAUAACUUGCUGACAUAUCUGCCUCGAGAGAUCCUCAACCUCAUUCAUUUGGAAGAGUUGAGUUUACGAGGAAAUCCAUUGGUUGUUCGUUUUGUUAGAGAUUUAACCUAUGAUCCUCCAACUCUCCUGGAAUUAGCUGCACGGACCAUUAAGAUCCGAAAUAUUUCCUACACUCCCUAUGAUCUUCCUGGGAAUCUUCUUAGAUACUUGGGUUCAGCCAGCAAUUGCCCAAACCCAAAGUGUGGAGGAGUCUACUUUGACUGCUGUGUCAGACAAAUUAAAUUUGUGGACUUCUGUGGGAAGUAUCGCCUCCCACUGAUGCACUACUUGUGUUCGCCAGAAUGCUCUUCCCCUUGCAGUUCUGCCUCUCACAGCUCCACAUCCCAGAGUGAAUCUGACUCAGAAGAUGAAGCAAGUGUUGCUGCACGCAGAAUGCAGAAAGUUCUUCUUGGUUGAACAAGAGUGCACAGUAGUGUGAAAUACUUAAAAACUGAGCAAAGAUGGUUAGAAAAGAAAAUAGAGCUUGAAGCUCACUAGAAACCUUAUCUUUAUCUUAAGUGUUCAUGAAAGAGUCUGGGGUGAUAUAAAACAUUUUGUGUUUCAUCUACCCAUUCAGCAGGAAUGAGUCUAGUCCCAUGUUUAGAUUCUUUUAUUAUAAUUUAUUGUGAAUGAUAGUUCCACAUUUGGCUCAUGGUUUGCAGUUUUCACUCAAGUGUUGCAUGAAUCACAAAGUGGAAUGGCACCUUCUGAAGAGCAGUUCUACAGUAAGCCACGAGUAGUAUAAGUUUGUGGCAGUUGAGAUGGAGAAAGUGAGACAUUGUCAAAGUUGUAAUUAUCAGAGUUGCCCUGUGUUUAGGUAGAACACUACCAUAUAUACUGUAUAUACCAUAUAUAUAUUAUAUACCAUAAACAGGAUUAACCCUCCCUUUUUUUAUUGCCUGGAUGUCUAGAUUACAGAACUAUUCAGAGAAGCUCACAGAUGUUUACAUAGGACCUAAACCUUUCUGACAAACUAAGUGGUAAAGUAAGGCAUAUAACAUUUAAGUGCGAUAUUAAAACUUCUUAGUUCUUUUCCUUUGUUCUAUAUGAUUGCUGUUAACUUUAUGUAAUCCAGCAAUGACUAUAACAGUGCCUUAAUCCAGCAUGGAUAUAAAAAUGUAUUCAAGAAAUAUUGCCAGAGCAACCUAUAACCUGGCAUGCUAUACAGAACACCUUAAAAUAUUCUUUAACAGAACUAGUUAAAUAACUGUAUAUCUAAUAUCUCAUGGCCCUCUUAAAAUUUUUUUGUUUAAAUGUGUAGUCAUCCCUUAGAAGCACAUUAUUUCUACACUUAAUGGUAGGGCACAAUCUUAAUCAAUCUGUUUAUCAUAAGACAGAGUAAGAAUUUUUGACAGAAAAUUCUUUAAGAGUUAUAAACUGGGAAAGCUUCCUUAUCUUUUGCAUUAAAUGGGUGGAGAAAAAUAUGACUCUUGCCCAUGGCAUUUAUUGGACCAUCUUUUUCUGCUUUUUAAAGAAAAACUAAUAACAACUCGAAAAACAUCACAACAAGCCAAAUAAAAA